GUUUUCCAAGUCACUGCAGCUCGCGCAGAGCCACUGGAGGCAGUCGAACAUCACACCUCGAGCUCAACAGGAGGAGAGGACAACAGCAAAGUCUGUCUGCACACAUACAAACAGCCCCAAGUCCGCGCUUACUUCAACACCAGGAUCUGUCUCAGCGUUCAUGGAUACUCCCACCUUCGCAUGUUCAAACACGAAACGCGCAUACAGCCUACUUGAAAUCGCUUCUCCCGCGCGCAGACAAGGACGGAGAGAAGAGACGUGCGAACUGUCCAAAGUAACUGCAAAGACGCAGGAUGGCUAAAGAAAUCAGAGGGAAAGCGACCCUUCGCAAGCACAGCGCUUCUCACUGGCGCAUGCAGAACAUCGCCCAGGAAUCUGUUGACAGCUCGGAUGAUGAGUUUUUUGAUGCCCGAGAGGUGCUGGAAGGGAAGACAGCCAUGCUUCUGGGCAUGAGUCAGUGGAACUCUAAUGAUCUCGUCGAACAGAUAGAAACCCUGGGCCACAUCGACCAGACGCAGGAGAAUCUCUACCGUGUAAGGAGGUCAAAAUGUGUCCCACAGACUAGCAUUGACGGUCUAGAGGAAGCUGAGAACAAAUGUCAAACGCAUGUGCUGGUGUUGGUGGUUCACGGGGGAAACAUACUGGACCUAGCGGGCGGAGAGCCAGGCGCCAAGAAUGCAGAUGUAAACACCCUGUCCUCAGUGCUGGAAAAAGUGUCUCAAGCUCAUUUCCAAGCUGCAGCUCAGCAUUUCGUCAUCAAGCUGGUGCCAUGCCCUGCCGUAUGCGCUGAGGCCUUCUGCCUUGUGUCAAAUCUGAACCCUUAUAGCUAUGACGAGAGUUGCGUGUCCAGCAGCGUAGACCAUCUACCUCUGGCUGCUUUACCACUACUCGCCAUAGCUGCUCCACACUACCAAGACGCCGUCGCAACUGUGAUCGCUCGGGCCAACCAGGUGUACCACGGCUUUCUGCAGUCUCCAGAAGGACAGGGGUUCACGGGGCAGGUGUGUUUGUUGGGUGACUGUGUGGGAGGUGUGCUGUGUUUCGAUGCUCUCUGUUUCAGCAACAGCCCGCAACACAGCAGCCGACAUAACAGCACAGAGAGCUUAAAGACUCAGGAUAACCCUGAGGUCAGUCCGAGUCUGAGCUCCAGCAAACGUCUUAGCAGGAGCAACAUUGACUUAUCUGCCCCCAGUGAGACCCGCAACAGGAAAACUCCACUCAGCCGCAAACAGAGCGACUCAUAUGAUGGAGAGUCCUCUGGCAGCCAGCACCACCCGUUCCUCAGCAGUCUGAUACAGGAUGGAACAGACCUGAGACCGAACAGCAGCACCAGUUUGUUGAAUCCAGGUCGCUUUGACUUUGAGGUGUCGGAUUGUUUUCUUCUGGGUUGUCCUCUUGGAUUGGUGCUUGCAAUGAGACGCACUGUGCUUCCAGCUGUCCAGGUGUCUCAGCUCCGGCCUGCAUGUUCACAGAUCUUCAACCUGUUUUACCCCUCUGACCCGUCGGCCUCUAGACUCGAGCCGUUGCUGCACUCCCAGUUCCACAAACUGCCUCCGUUCCCUGUGCCCCGCUACCAGCGUUAUCCUCUGGGAGACGGUCGUUCCAACCUUAUCGUCGAUGAGAUCCACAGCUACCCUGACGUUUUCCUGCCCGGUAGCAAGGUUCCGGUGGGUGCUCCGCACUCCUCCUCUCCACAGACGGAGCAUAGCGCAGGUGGGCGGGUGGGCGGCGAGGUCCGCAGGUCCAGUUUGACCAGCAUGGACAGCCAGUUAUCGGGCUGCUGGGAGAGCAGGCUGAGCAGCACCGUCACCAACAUUUCCAGCAACUGGUGGGGUACUAAGCGGUUGGAUUAUGCUCUGUACUGUCCGGACGUCCUGACAGCAUUCCCUACAGUGGCUCUCCCUCAUCUGUUCCACGCUUCGUACUGGGAAUCCACCGAUGUGGUCGCCUUACUUCUGCGACAGGUGAUGCAAUGUGACCAUGUGAAAACCCAAGAGAUGGACAACUCUGACUCCGCCCCCUUCUCACCUUCAAGUUCGAGAGAGAAGUGGCUACGCAGACGCACACACGUCAAGCUUAGGAAUGUCACCGCCAACCACAGAGUCAAUGAUGUCAUCGCAACCGAGGACGGCCACCAGACCCUGGUUGGUCGCUUCAUGUACGGUCCGCUGGAUAUGGUGACCCUGACCGGGGAAAAGGUCGAUGUGUACGUGAUGACCAAGCCGCAGUCGGGUCGCUGGGAGCACUUGGACACCGAGGUGACCAACAGCAGUGGCAGAGUGACCUACACCAUCCCCAAAAGCAAAAAGCUGGCCGUGGGGGUCUACCCCAUCAAAAUGGUUGUCAAGGGUGACCAGACAAGCGCGGAGGCUUUCCUGACGGUCUUGCCGCGGGGGAUGGAGUGUGUCGUCUUCAGCAUUGACGGUUCAUUUGCCGCUAGCGUCUCUAUUAUGGGCAGCGACCCUAAAGUACGGCCCGGAGCUGUGGAUGUGGUCAGACACUGGCAGGAUCUGGGCUACCUGAUCAUUUACAUCACUGGCCGUCCAGACAUGCAGAAGCAGAGGGUUGUGUCCUGGUUGUCUCAACACAACUUCCCUCAAGGGAUGAUCUUCUUCUCGGAGGGUUUGGUGCAUGACCCUCUUCGCCAGAAAACCAUCUUCCUCAGGAACUUGGUGCAAGAGUGUCACAUUAAAAUCAACUGUGCCUACGGCUCCAUGAAGGACAUUUCCGUCUACAACAUGCUGGGCCUCAACCCCCACCAGAUAUAUAUAGUAGGACGGCCCUCUAAGAAGUACCAGAAUCAGUGCCAGUUCCUGAGCGAGGGCUAUGCAGUACAUCUCUCCUCCCUGCAAUUCAGUCACAGAGCCCGGCCCAAGAAGAGCUCUGUGCGAAUGGUUCUUCGAAAGGGCUCAUUUGGUCUGUCAGCCAAACCAGACUUCCUGUGUAAGCGGACACACCUUCGCCGCACCAUGUCAGUGCAGCAGCCUGAGCCACCCAUGACACCCAACCCUAAACCAGAGAGAGCUCAGAGCCAGCCCGAGUCGGACAAGGACCAUGGGGGUGGAGGGGGUCCAGGCCAUGCCAUGUGGGCUCGGGGGUCCAUGCACCGUGGCGACACCACUCCCUGACCCAAGAGAAACAUAGGAGGGAUGGAAAAAGGACAGAUGGUUAUGAUCUCUCGGUGGACAGAGCCCAGCAUCUUUACUCCUUCUGCUGAUACUACACCAUAAAAUAAGACAAACCCCACCUGAGCUGAUUAAAACUUCUCAGUGACGUGCCAUCCGCAUGGAUCUGACACAACAAUGCACAAACUCUGAGACCCGAUGCUUUGUUUUCGGCAGCAGGAGAAGAGGAAAUUCAGUUUCUAAAUUCAGUUUUAUCUGUUCGUGAUGCUUUGGAGAACUUUUGGAUUUAUUUAGCCCUGUACGAAGGCUUCCUCGCAUCACCCAUCAGGAACAAAGAGGAUAUUUGAUAAGAGAAAACAUCAAAUUUCCUAACGCCUAAGCAAUACGAAGGAAGAGGGAGGGUGAGUAUCCCACUGCUUGGACAGGUGGCAGGGCUGACUCCUGCAAUAAUCCCUCUGUUUUAAUAUUGCAGGCAUUUGUCUGCUCUCUGAGCGUCUGUCUUUGGGCCGCUUGUGGCCAGACGGACUUGCAAAACUGUACAUUAACCUUUUGUGCAAGUGUGGUGACCUGGCCUGAACUCUUGUCGCCCCUGUCUCUGUUCAGCCAGAAACAGAGUCUUACAUCAUUGGCCACUGCUCCUGAACUCCGCCCACUCCUCUGCCAGGUCACGCCGAGACUCGCAGCUCUGGUACACUGCAGAAGCAUAUUUACAACCAUCGGUGGUUCUUUCUGUGAUUGUCUCUCACUAGUGUUGUAAAUAUAUAAUACAGUAAGUGGCACUGAAGCGAAAUGAGUAUGUGCAGUGCUCACUCUGCAGUGAAGCAUUUUCUUAAUUGGUAUUUUUGUCUCUUUUCCAGGACAAAUAUUUCAACAUCCUUAAACCAGAUUAAUUUACACGAAGCGUAAGAUUAUUUUUCAGACAGUAAAUCUGGGGAAUAAAUAAAUAAGUGGAAACACUGAUGCAACUGAUGAAUGCAAUUUUCACUAAAACAAAUGAUUUCUGUGUUAAAUAAAACAAAGUGCUUUUGAACUUUCUAUUCAUCUAAUCCUAAAAAAAAGACAUAUUAUGGUUUUCACAAAAUGUUAAUCAGUUCAUUUGUAUUCCACACUGAUAGUAAUAAGAAAUGUUUCUUGAGCGGCAAAUCAGCGUAUUAGAAUGAUUUCUGAAGGAUCAUAUGACACUGAAGACUGAAGUAAUGGCUGCUGAAAAUUCCCCUCUUAAAAUCCAGCCAUAAGAGGCAUAAGUUACAUUUUAAAAUAUAUUAAAAUAUAAAACAAAUUGUACUGUGUUUUUGAUCAAAUAAAUGGAGACAUGAUGAGCAUAAGAUACUUCUUUCAUAAACAUUAUAAAAGCUUACUGACCCCGAACUUUGGACCAUUAGUGUAAAAAAUAAAUAUACAUUCUCUUAUAUCUAUAUUUUGCUUCUCAAGUAAAUUUAUCUUUUUAAGAAUGCUCAAAUAUUUGGAGUGAAACCCCAGAUUUAAAAAUCUUUUAUAGCACACCUUGAAUGGCCAAAUAAAUAACCAUUUUAUAUUUGUAUUGUAAAGUGACUGUGGUUGUCAGGAGGUCUUCGUGUCACAUUAUUGGUUUUAUCGGUACAACAACUUGCGCAAACACAACACCUUGAUAUUGUUUACAUGUAAAUCCAUCUCACUGGGUACGAUGGUCUUGUUGAAGAACGUACUGUACUAUAUUAGUAUUUUAAACUAUACUUGAGGACAACCUCGGUGUUACAAUAAAUUAAUAUAAAUUUACAAAAGACACCAUCAGGCCACUAUAAUGCUGUUGUCACCACGAGGGUGUCCAUACUCAAUAGUUCUUGUAAUGUCACAUUUUCCUAUCGUAGUUACUGAUUUUGGUAUUUUGUAUGAGGCUGUCUAUUGAAAAUUGCAGUUGCACUGCGAAAGCAUUUAUGUAAUUUUAUUUUGUUGUAUAUUUAACUUAAAAUCUUUAUAUAACACUAGAGACCGCGUGAAAGUGGGUAGGCAUGAGUGUUUUGGUCUGUAUCUACUGUAUGUGUGCGCAUGUCUGUUACAUGUGUGCAAGUCUCGUGUGAGUGUUAGUUUGGAGAUUUGUUUUGUAUUUAUUGUAAAUAUUUUUAAUUCCGAGAUCGUGCUAGUGGCCUUUUGAUCCUCUGAUAGUUAUAAACUAAGCCUGUAAUUUGUGGAGAUUUUAUAGGCAAACUUUUAAAUUCUUUCAUGUGUGAUCAUCGCUGAAUUGUCAAUAUAUAUGAACGUGUUUUCAGCCUUAUCAAGAUGUAUAUUUAUUUGUCUGAUAUCUAUAUUCUCAGAUGGUGUGUGAAAAAAGUAUAUUUGUAUUUUAAAACAUGUAAAGUCCAUAUAUUCUUGAGAUCAUGUAUUAUUGUGGUAUUUGGUCCAGUCGCUCUCUUUCCGUGGACGUGCUUCUGUUGGGCCUAUACCGAGCUGUAUACUCAUUCUUCAAUAAAUCAUUAUAAAUCCUG